GCCAGCUCACCUGUAUGCCUUACAUUUCAGGCACAAUAAAAGCGUGCGCGAUUGGCUUGUCACGUCGCGUACACGCUUGUUGAUCGACGGAUAGCUUCAACCCGCGUAUGCAAGGCUUCUUUUUCUACAACCACUCCCGCCUCUUUCUUUCUUCCUUACUCGCUCCUCACUUCUCCCCACCCUUCCUUCUUCCCUCAGCAGGCUUCUACUCCACCUCCUGCAGCAUAAUCUACCGAUUCUCCCGGACCACCAGGUUUUUCAAUAGUCACUCGGCUGGGGACUGCCCCGCUCCAACCUUACCAUCCCUUCCAAGUACUCGAGUGCAUCAAGCCAUCAUUAUUGCUCUGUCCUGCCGGAUUCAAUACCCACACAUUCACGUCCUACCUACCAAGUGCCAACUUGGAAUUUGCCUCCUAAAACCUCCGGCACCCGGCCAUCCACCUUCUUCUAUCCCUCAUUUCCUCCGAUUUUCGACAUUGUUUUUCAGCCCACUGUCGUACAUGGUGUACAAGCAGAGUUUGUUGAGAUGGAAUCUCAGGACGGAAUUACCGUCCGGCCGAUGAGGCUCAAGGUCUUAUAUACGUUUGAUAAUGAGAACAAGACAAAUUGCCUCGCUCGGUGGCCCCACGUACUCGACCUCCAGACUGCUUUUCUGGAUGAGCAAACUCAGAUCGGUGUAAUCGAGCUGAAGACAUGCAUCCAGGCGAUCGUUUCUGCCAGUCCUGAAUUGGUGGCACAGUUGGGAAAGGACUACACUGUCUACGCCUACGAUUACUCCGAAUACGAAACCCCUUUGGUUGGACAGGGAAUGCUAUCAUGGGUUCUUGCAUCUGCCUCGCCAACACCCGAUGCUCCGGCUCACCAGUCCAAGACUAUGGUAACUGGUCGGGUGUGCAAAAAUCCCCUUGGACUUUUCUCCAAGGGCACCCAGGAGACGUUGGAAGUCAAAUUACGACUAGUCCCAGUCCCCACAGUCAUGCAAAGCGAAUACCUCGACAGUAUGCAGAAGUACCGCGAAUUGAGCAAUGUCAUCCCUCACGAUUUUGAUGCGCAGUCGUGGACAAAUUUCCUCCGGCAGAAUCCGGCUCUUCUGGAGGCCUCUCGGAAUCAGCAACAAGGUCGCGUGCCUUCGCCAAUGGAUCAAUCGGGUAUCGAACGAGUCCACCAGCUUCUGAGUGAAAGUGCCACGCCGCGGGAUUACUCGACUUAUCCUACCAACGAGUCUGUCCGUUCUUCAUCGCCUACCCACUCUUUCGGUCCUCCUAGCCGAAUGUCCACUCCCGCAGGAACACGCACUCCUACACAACACCAACAGGCUCCGCAACCAAAGCAAAGCUUUUCUCACAGUGAUAACAUCCGCCCUUCAUCCAGUGCUUCUAUGCAGGACAGUGACUUCCAACUCCACCAAUUUGGCGUUCGUUCACGGAGAGACUCGAUCAAUUCGGGCUAUGGCAGUGGAGGCGAGGAUAUGGCCGAACCACAGCAACGGAAGAGGGCGAAGCUCUACCAAGCAGGAUGGCCAGGCAAGUCUGAUAUGAACAUUGAACGACAGCCCAGCUCGCUGCGGGUGGCUGCCAGCACUGCAGCCUCUGUACGAAUCCAUCGCCCAACCCCGGUGAACCCUGCUCUUUCCGUAGAGCAAUCUCACGAGGAACCCGUUCGCCCCCCAACUCCCAUCUCUCGCCCUGGCGACUUCCACCGGCGUAUACGACUGCCGGCCAGUCUGCUACGAGAGAGUUCCUCGCAUAGCAGUAGCUCGUACGCAUCUCCUUACACUCAUAGCGACGAUGUGGCCACAGAUCAGACAGCCCAUUCUCCAGAAGACCGGUACCAGGGUCUGUUUGAGCCUCCCUUCAAUAUGCCUUCUUCGCCUCCAGUUCUGGAGUCCCGAUUUCCGUCCCGGUCUAGUCCCAACUUACCUCCCAUCUCCCUGGACACCGAUUCUGGUUUCAUGAGUGGCGGUCUGGAUGACCUUCUGGAUGAAGGAGCUGGCACUCCUGUGGAAGAGUCCCAGACGGCUGACUCCCGGCCUGUGACUGGCGAGAAGCGCUCUCGGUCCGUUCGUUCGGCCGUGCAAGCAUCUUCUCCGGCUAGUGCGAUUGGUCUAGUGUCAGAGAGUCUGAAUGAUUCUAUGCUAGUGAGCGAUGGUCCAGGGGAGCACAAGUCCAAUCAAAUGACUUCUCUUCCACGCCCAAACACAUCAGCUGGAUCUAGGCCAUCUUCGCGCAUGAGCUGUCGACCGACGCCUAAACCGCUGGCACCCGCGCCCAUUUCACAAAGUGAGAUUGAACAGUUUCGGAGGUCUAUCCCCCCAAGCGACCCGGUGGUUCCCAUCAAUCCGCCUCCUUAUUAUUCGCAGACCAACGCGGGGCCCAUGUCACAAAGUGAUAUUGAACAGUUUCGGAGGUCUAUCCCCCCAAGCGACCCGGUGGCUCCCAUCCAGCCGCCUCCCUAUUAUUCGCAGACCAGCGCGGGGCCGAUGAGCGAUUUUUCUAUUGUCGAGACGCCUGCGCCCCAACCUGAGCACACCAGACGGGCCCCUCGCAGCGGAGGUGCAGCGAGGAGAGCAAUGGCGGUUCAGGCUCGACUCGAUGCAGCCAUUGCCAGUGGUGGAAUUCCACCGUACUGCGAGAAUUGUGGAACUAUCGAAACACCUACAUGGAGACGAGCAUGGACAAAAGAUGUCUCUGGCAGCGAAGAGGACGCAAAGGGCAUGAUGAAGACGCGAGGUUUGCUCUUCUGGGAAGCGCUCGAGCGGAAUGACAAGAAAGAAGUUGUCAAGUUCCGGCUCUACAAAAAAGGCCUCGGUACCGGUACGAGCCCCGAGGACCAAGGAUGGACACAACUCCUGCUUUGUAACCCUUGCGGUCUCUGGCUUCACAAGUGCAAGACCAUGCGUCCCGAGAACCGAUGGAAUCGGCAGCCACCUGCGUGUGGAAGUGAUGGCAGGCAGAAGCGCCCCUCUCGGAAUCGCAAGCAGAGCGGUGGUCCCUUGUCUAAGCCCUCUACGCGCACUCGCAGCAAGGCUGUCUCGAUUCGCACGGCACAGUCUUCUCCCGCCCCCACGGAAGCAUCUUCUGUGCACAAUGAGGAGGGCGAUACUCCCAAUAUGGAGAACCAGGACCUAGAUCAAAGCCAAGGACCGGAUGACGAAGAAGAGUACCCUAACAAACGGCGCAGGGCAAACAGUGCCGAGCCUCCACGAUCCAGCGAGAAACCUCGUUGGGACCAGCAGGAAGCCAUUGAGGCUUUGCGACUUGCUAUUCAAUCCAGCCCAGCCAGGAACAUUGAAAAUCGCAACUUCCCUGCCCCCGAUGAAACCAAGCUCACCCCGAGGCCCGUGCGCCGUGCUCUCUUUGCAUCUUCUCAGAAGGAAGGAGCACUGAAGGAGCUUGGUUCUUCAUUCGUGAAUAGCUGCUCGCCUCGUCGCAGCCCCCGCCUCACAAAGGGUGAUAAGCAGAUCGGGUCGAAGGAAAAUUUGGCGCCCACGCCUCAGGACGACAUCGACGAUCUCUUCGAAGCCCCUUCGCUAGAUUUCGAUCUGCCAGUUAGCCCAACUCCUCGGCGCCGUCACACUCGUCCAGCUGCCCUGCACGAGAGACGCCACUCAUUACCAUGCAACUCGCCUACUGCCAAUAGGCGCAAGGAUGUCGGAGUACCUACCGCCGCUGCUCGUCUCACUGCUGAGCGACUACAGCGCAUCCAGGAUGGGCCAGAGCGUUCUCCACGCUCUGUCGGUUCUCAAAACAGAUCUUCUACCAAGCAAGGCGUUCCCGCAUUGCCCGAUACUGGUCUACACUCCGAGGCUUUUACACCUCUCGAUGGCAUGAUCCUUGAUAUCUUCGAUGAUGCUCCCGAUGAGGCCAACUCAUUCCAACUCGAAAAUGUCAAGUUCUCCGGAAACAACUGGGCGGACUGGCUUCCUUCCAACUACGUCUCCCCCGCCGCGUCCGAUGAAGAUAAUAAUCCAUCCGACGAGCUCAUCAACGCAAUCCUUUCAGAUCCGGCUAUCCUGAAAGAGAAUCUCCAUAACUCAGAAUUCAUGCCCUUCACCUUUGAUGACAACGUCGUUCCCGACUCGGGCUUCUUCAGCUCCGAUGCUCUCCAUGCCGACCCUGUGAAUCGAGCCACCACCAAAGCCACCAAGCCUCCCAAGGAGCGUGGCCAGGCAGCCUCUUCUUCGGCAUGAGCAUAGACAACCUUGUCUCUUUUUCCUCUUGAUGUUUUCCCCCCUUUCUUAUUCCCCUUUGCAUCCUAUUGGGAUAUCUUUAGCGUCGGCGUUUGGGUUUUGUGAGGUACACGAUCUUGUUGCCUUUUACUGCAUUGUCGGUCUUUGCCUACGGGUGGGCCCAUGGCUUUUAUGUGAUGAUUUUCAUUUUGUGAUAUGUGAUGACCAGAAGUGCCAACUAGAGGGACUUGAAAGAAUCAGAUUACAAAUCUAAUACACCUGAUCCAUACACAUCAAAUAUUUAACUUGAUAAGAUUGCCGGCUUCUCUUAAAACCCAGGCUGCCUCUUAUUGCUAAGACCAAAUUCUGCGCAAUCCUACUGGGCCAG